UUAUCAGAGUUCGAAUACAAUGAGAUAAGUUUUAAUAUAUCGAUAUUGUAAUGAAUCAUAGCAAAAAAAUUCGUAAUUAGGAUCUGAAAGUAAUGUUUAUGUUAAAGCAUGGAUUAAUUGAUAAUGAAUAUGUUUUUCUGUUUUCAUAAUUAAAAACGAAAAAUGAAGACGGAUAGACGUGUAUUUCGUGUGUUAUUAUGUGUGUGUACCCUUCUUAAUGUAGCAAGAACAUCUUUUGCCAAACAAGCCUGGAAACAGAAUCGACGUGGUGCUGAUGACUGUAAGCCUACCGUGGUUGCUCACCGAGGAGCCAGCGGCUAUGUUUCAGAGCAUACCCUCGGUUCAUACGCCUUAGCGAUACAUAUGGCAGCAGACUAUGUAGAACCAGACCUGAUUAUAACACGCGAUGGACACAUAAUCGCACGCCAUGAAAACGAAUUAGGAGUUUCAACUGAUGUCGCCCAAAGGCGUGAAUUUGCUUCGCGGCGACGAACGCAAAGAGUUAGCGGAAACCUUAUGAAUGGAUGGUUUUCAGAAGACUUUACACUUGCAGAAAUAAAAACUCUAAAAAGUAAAGAACCUAUGCCUACCACACGAAAAGCUAAUACUCGAAUGGAUAGAUCGUUAGACGUGCCAACUUUUCAAGAAAUAAUUGAUUUAGUGAAAGCUCUAGAAACAAGUGAAAAUCGGACUAUCGGUAUUUAUCCAGAAAUAAAAUAUAGUACACAUUUUCAACGCCUGGGCUUACCAAUGGAACAGAAAGUGGUUGACAUUUUUCAUAUGAAUGGAUAUGUCGGUAAAGACGCUCCUGCUUACAUUCAAUCUUUCGAAGUUAGCAAUCUGAAAUAUCUGAAAAAUAUUACCGACAUUAGACUUGUUCAAUUAUUUGACUCUAAAUCUAAGAUACCUUAUGAUCAGUCUGUUCUAGGAAACAAUAUCACUUUUGGUCAAAUGGCAAGUCCUAAAGGGCUUGCCGAUGUAGCUAAGUAUGCUUCGGCCGUAGGACCUGCAAAAGGCUAUAUUAUUCCUCGAGAUGUUUUCAACAAUUUGGGGCAACCCACGAGCUUUGUCACCGACGCCCACUCUGUAGGCUUGCAGGUAACGCCUUGGACAUUUCGUGCUGAAAAUGUAUUUUUACCAAGAGAGUUUCAAAGAGGUAAUAACCUUUAUGAUUUUGGAGAUCUUGAAGGGGAAAUAAAAGCAUUUUUAGAUGCUGGCGUAGAUGGCUUAUUUAUGGACCAGCCUGAAAUAUUAGUUCGGGUAAGAGGUCCUUGUUAGCAUAAAUAUAAUUUAAGUGCUUAACUUUUAUUUUCAUUUUAAAAAUAAUUUUAAUGGCUAAGUACCUACUUAUACUGCCUUUUAGUUUUUAAUGAGAAAUACCAUCCAAUAUUGCAUAUAGGCUAUGACGAUUUUAGAAAAACUUAUGUAACAUAACACAUAUUUAUAUUACAGGAUUUUUAUAUUAUUAUAGGUAAUGUAAGUGUAUUUUUCAGAAACCUUUUUUUGCUACCAUACCCUUCCUAAUUUUUUCAUCUAAGUACCUAUCUACCAUAGAAUAAGUAUGUAAGAUCCUAAUUAUGAUAUUAUUAAAAUACUU